AAAAAAAACCGCCUAACAGCGGGAAAGGAUUGAUCCAUCUCUCGCUCUCUCUCUCUCUCUCUCUCGCAGGACACUCAAUCUCUCUCUUCGACCCUUUUCCCGUGCCCGUGUUCGUGCCCGUGCCCUCAUUCCACUCCCCCCCAAACCCUAGACCCCCUGAAACUCUCUCUUACUCUUUCUUCAUCCCCGAAACCCUAGCUUCUCUCUCUGCACGCACAAGCCCAGGAAGCAUUCUUCCAAAUUCUCUCCAUCUCCAGAAACCAGGGCACUUAAGAGGAAUUAGUUAUACUUUGGGCCGUUCUCUCUCUUCACGCCUAGGGCUGUAGAGGAGUUGCAGUAGUCGAGGUCUUUCUUUCUCUCUCUACUGGGGUGAUGCAGAAUGAUUUACACGGCUAUUGACACUUUCUAUGUCACUGAAGAGCAGCUUCGAAAUUCUCCCUCUAGAAAGGAUGGAAUUGACGAACAGACAGAGACCACCCUCCGCAUCUAUGGCUGUGAUCUCAUCCAAGAGAGCGGCAUCCUCCUCAGACUGCCCCAAGCUGUAAUGGCCACAGGCCAGGUUUUGUUCCACCGAUUCUAUUGCAAGAAGUCUUUUGGUCGCUUCAAUGUUAAGGGAUUUUGGGUGAAUUAUUUGGUGAUUUGGUUAAUGGGGUUUUCGCAGAGGGUUGCUGCGAGUUGUGUGUGGCUUGCUUCAAAAUUGGAGGAGAGCCCACGGAAAGCAAAGCAUGUUUUCAAUGUAUUUCAAAGGAUGGAAUGCAGGAGAGAGAAUUUACCCAUUGAGCACUUGGAUCCAUUUUCAAAGAAGUAUGCAGAGCUGAAAAUGGAUUUAAAUAAAACAGAGCGUCAUUUACUGAAGGAGAUGGGAUUUAUUUGUCAUGUAGAACAUCCUCACAAGUUCAUCUUGAGCUAUCUUAAGGCGCUUGACAUUGCAGAUCACCAGGAGCUGAAGCAAGAGGCGUGGAAUCUUGGCAAUGACAGUUUGCGGACAACCUUGUGCGUUCGGUUUAAAAGUGAAGUUGUAGCAUGUGGGGUUGUAUAUGCAGCUGCUCGCCGAUUCCAGGUCCCCUUUCCAGAGAACCCACCAUGGUGGAAAGUCUUUAAUGCCGAAAAACCUGAGAUUGAUGAAGUUUGUAGAGUCCUUGCCCACAUCUAUUCCCUUCCUAAGGCAAAAUACAUAUCUGUUUGCAAAGACAGUGAGUCAUUUGUAGUGACCAACAAGCCUUCGGACUCCCAAACUCCUGUGGCUAAGGAAAGCUUGUUGAAUGGUGCUCCAAACACACAUGAUAGUAACGGUGCUGCUCAGUCUGGACCCACAAAUGCUGAGAUAGGUGGAGGAAAGGAAGUCCUUAGGAAACUAGCCUUGGACAAACUAAAGGAGUCGAAGAAAGGUGAGGAUGAUACCGAAGGUGUCACUGUUGAUAAUGAGGGGAAAGAAGAGAUGGGUGGGGUUAAGACAAAGGCGGAUCAUAGAGCAGAUUUGCAUGUAGAGAGAAGCAAAGAAAAAGAGAGAGAGAAGUCAAAGGCUCGGGACCGUGACAGAGACCGUGUCCGUGGAAGGAGCAGGGACUUGGAGAGGGACAGGGGUCGUGACAAAGAUACUGAAAGGGACAGAGAGAAGCACAAGGAUAGAAGCCAUAGAAGCAAAGAAAAGGGAAAAGAUUCUGGUCAUUCUGAGAAGUCAAGACAUCAUUCGUCUAGAGAUCGCAGCGAUUACCACAGCUCCUCGUAUUUUUCUUCACGAGAGAAGGAUCGUCAUCGGCACCAUCCAUAUGGAUGAGUAAAGCAUGGUUCUGAUGUACACAAGGUUUCGUCUUUGUUGACUGCAGUCCAUUUCUUUUUCUUUUUCUAUUUCUAUUGCUCUCUCGUGCUGUCCCUUUCUCCUUGUAUUAUAAAUUUUGGAGUGUGGUUGUAGUUCGGUAGCUAUUAAUCCAUUUUUUUUUGCAAUGCAUGCUAUGUACCAUUAACAGAAUUGGCAAGCCAUCAAAUCUAUAAAAAAAGCACACGUGGGAACACAAAUAUUUAUUGACACAA